AUGUCAGUGUUUGGUGGUAUUCCACCCUUGGAUGACCCACGGCACGCAGGCGCUCGGCCUGACCAUGAAUCGAUUGGCCAAUAUGAAACGGAUACGGCGCCAAGCCGGACAAAUAUGGACGAAAGACAUGACUCCGAGAAGGAAGAGGGCAUGGAAGAGGAGGUCGAGCAAAUGGUACGACAGCUUACUCUCCAGUCUACCCACUUCUCCACAAGCGGUGCAAACAACCCAUUCUUUGAGGAGAAUAAGGAAUCAACGUGGCAUCCAGAUAGCCCUUUCUUCAAGAUCAAAGACUGGAUACGAUCUCUACUAGCUGCACAGUCGCGUAAUCCGAGUCGAUUUCGCCAGCGCAGUGCUGGCGUUGCAUUUAAGAACUUAUAUGUUCAUGGCUUUGGUAGCCCAACGGAUUAUCAAAAAGAUGUUUUAAAUUCGAUCUUGGGUAGUGGAGGCCUUCUGCGCCGAAUAAUUGGAAGCGGUUUUCAAAAAGUUCAGAUAUUGAAUGAUUUCAACGGGCUGAUCCGUAGCGGCGAGAUGCUGCUCGUCUUAGGUCGUCCAGGGAGUGGUUGCUCUACGUUUCUCAAGACAAUUGCCGGGGAAAUGAACGGGAUUUAUGUCCAUGAAGAUAGUUACAUGAACUACCAAGGAAUAUCUUCCGACGAUAUGCAAGGAAAGUUUCGCGGCGAAGCACUGUUUAGUGCAGAAACGGACGUUCAUUUCCCUCAGCUGACUGUCGGUGACACUUUGACCUUCGCAGCUCAGGCGCGGGCGCCACGUACGCGCUUCCCUGGUCUGAGCCGCAAAGAAUAUGCAUGCCAUGUCCGUGAUGUGGUGAUGACUAUGCUGGGCCUGCGGCACACUUUCAAUACUCGCGUAGGCAAUGACUUUGUCCGCGGUGUCAGUGGUGGUGAGCGCAAGCGAGUGAGUAUUGCAGAAGCCAUUCUUAGCGGCGCGCCGCUGCAAUGCUGGGAUAACAGUACUCGGGGGCUGGAUAGUGCCAAUGCCUUGGAGUUCUGCAAAAAUCUGCAAUUAAUGAGUAAUUAUGCCGGUACAACACCAUGUGUCGCAAUAUAUCAAGCCUCCCAGAAAGCUUACAAUGUCUUUGAUAAAGUCGUGGUUCUCUACGAAGGUCAUCAGAUUUACUUUGGUCCGACCAACGAGGCACGUCAAUUCUUCACUGACAUGGGCUUUGAUUGUCCACAGCGUCAAACCACCGCAGAUUUCCUUACGUCAUUGACUAGUCCCACUGAGCGCAGAGUAAAGGCAGGGUAUGAAAGCAAAGUGCCUCGAACACCGGUGGAAUUUGCAACAAGAUGGCGGAAUAGCACAGAGUUUGCCAUGCUUAUGCGGGAAAUCGACGAGUUUGACAAGGAGUUCCCAAUUGGGGGAGAAUCAUAUACUGCCUUUGGAGAGGCCCGCCAGUUGAUGAAAUCAAAACAGCAGUUAGUUGCCCUCGCCUUCCAACAAGUCCUAUUUGGAUUGUUUCCUUUAUAA